UUUAUACUUGACUUCGACGCGCUUCCUUCGAGGUUCAAAAAACUUGGCAAAACUGUUUGGUAUAGCGCAAUCAGCUGGGAGCUGUUUACAUGUGUAUGUAGGUGUGUACGCGUAGUGUUAACCCACCUUACUACGAGGUAACACACUAAAGACGCUAACUUACUACACAUUACUACACCGUCGUGUAGAGCACAAACACUUAUUGUACAAACUUGUGACUGAAAAACGGAGACUUCAUAAAAAUUGUAAAAAUGGACGUUAAAAUUGUUUUCUGGAUCGGCUUCCUGUCCACAUGCAUGGUAACGUCAACAGUUGACUCCGUUAUUCCAGACUACCUGCUUGAACGAGCGAUUAUUGAACCACGUCCUCGACGCAAGGUUUUCCGUGCCACACACAAGAAGUGCUGCAAAAUCGGCGUCCGUACAGCGAAGAAAAAAUUAUCCUGUACAGUGGAUUUAGCAGUAAGAAACAAUAACUUUGUCAUCACCCGUUUAAAAACAUCAGGUUCAAAUUCUGAAGUAAGGAAAUAUGGGCAGAAUCUUACGAAAAAGAUAAACUCAUGCGGAGCAGCAGGUUUUGGUAAAGUUUUUGAAAAAUGCUGUAAAUAUCGAGAAGACUACAGGAAGUCACUGCAAAGGUGCAAAGAGAUAUACCGGAAGCGAGCUGAUAAGCGGAAGUGCAGACGGGACGUGAAACGACGCCACUUGAGUUACUUAUGAGCGAACAAAUGACGAAUAGAAUGAAAGCUCUCAUGGGAUAUGCACAGCGCCUUGUCAUCGGAGACAAGAGAGAAUGAAGUAUGUCCUAGAUUAAAACUCGGCUGGUCGACAAAAUGCAAAAGAACAAUGAUAGUCGCGCUCGGACGUGAUAUCGAAGCUCGGAUAUGGUCAGGACCAAAACCGUUUUGGAAUGUUUGUGGGAACGUUUGUCUGGUCAUAUAAUUUGAGGGUAGUUCUUUGCAGUGCGCUCUUGACAAAAGAUAAAACGUUCCGAAACGUGUUUGCUCAUGGGUGCAGCACUGAUGUUAUAUACAUGUUGUUAAUCAUUUCGUGUAUUCUAUAUACAUAGAUCAUUCGACCGUUAGGACGAGGCAUGCUUUCUUAGUCGCCUAUAGAUAUUGUGGGUCUUUGGUGUAAGCGUAUAAUACCAUCCUACACCACGAGUGUUAGAAAUAUGCUGUUGACUCACAUCUAUCAUGACAACUUGUGGAGGUGUGAGUGUUCUACUGACACUGUGACAAUUCCUUGUCUGUGGGGUCACUAGAGUCGCCGAUAUUUGUAGAAUUUUCAAUGUUAUCAGAUUUUCCAUCACAGAUUGUUCAACUGGAACCCUAUCAUAGACCUGUACAUGUUACUGACAUGUACGGUCUCCGAAUUACUAGUCUCUGGUGUCACAAAAGUUUCAUUUUGUUAGUUUUGUGUCGACGGUUAAUAUCCAAGUGUCUUUAGAGGGCGGGGGUUACACUGUAUAUCCGAGUAUCUUUCGGAUAUAGUUUUCUGACGUAUGUUCUGGUGUCUUUGACGAGCGGGGUAAGUUUUCUUACAUAUGUUCAAGUGUCUUUGGGAGGCGGGUUUAUUUUUCCUACAUAUGUCGAAGUGUCUUUGACGGACGGGGUUAAGUUUUCGUACAUGUAUUUAAGUGACUUUAACGGGCGGGGUUAGUUUUCUGAUGUUUAUCCAAGUUUCUUUGAUGGGCGGGGCUAUUUUCUUACUAAUAUACAGGUAUCUUUGCUGGUUUGUGAUAAAUUUCUGACAUAAAUCCAUGUGUAUUUGAUGGAUGGAGUUAGUUAUCUUACAUGUGACCAAAUGUCUGACGGACGAGGUAAGUUUCUCAUACAGAUCCACAUGUCUUUGACAUGCGAAUUAGCUUUCCGACACACUACUAUCUGUCUUUGACAGGCGAGUUUAGCUUUCCGACACACAACUAUCUGUCUUUGACAGGCGAGUUUAGCUUUCCGACACACAACUAUCUGUCUUUGACAGGCGACUUAGCUUUCCGACACACAACUAUCUGUCUUUGACAGGCGACUUAGCUUUCCGACACACAACUAUCUGUCUUUGACAGGCGAGUUUAGCUUUCCGACACACAACUAUCUGUCUUUGACAGGUGAGCUUAGUUACAUGACGUAUUCUUGUUUCGUCGACGAACCGGAUGUGAGUUAGUCUAAGGGGAAUGCACGUGCGUUCGGAGAGCGAAGUGACAGAUUCAUGAAUAGAAUUUUCUGACCAUUAACAUGUAUACAUUGGUAAGUCUAAAGCUCUGCCUUCUCUGUUUGUCUCAAGUAUUUUUGAAAAAAAAUGAAGUAUACUGUUAGUAUGUACUGUCAAAUGGAGCGG